AUGUUCGCGUUCUUCCGGCGGCGCGGAAGCGGGGCGGAGGGGGCGCGCGGGCGGCAGGGCGGGGGCGGGGGCGGCGGUGCGGCGGGGCGUGGGCCAGUCGGCGCGCGCGCCCCGAGCGACGACGCCGCUCUCUGCGCUCCCCCCAAGGACGUCGUCAACCUGCUGGUGCCCGAGGUCGACUACGCGCGGCGCUCCGGCGUGGCGGGGCUGCUGCGCAAGAUGACAGGCAAGAGGCGCGGCGGGCGGCCGCCCCCGCCCCCUCCGCCUCCGCCGCCGCCCCCGCCAGCGACGCCCACGCGCGCGCCCGACGAAAAUACGCGCGCGCCGCACAACAACACGGAGAUCGCGCGCCGCAUCGACUGCGACCUCGACGCGGAUGAGAGCGCUCCGAUGGGCAACGGGGAGAGCAGGGAGCCCGACGAGGGGCCCGCGCGGGCGGCGGAGGGCGGCUCGCCCGCGAGGAAGUCCAACCUGAAGCCGCCCAGAGAGGCCGACGGCGGCUCCGACGACGAGCGCUCCGACAAGAAGAGGGUCACGUUCAGGCGGCACGUGGUGUUCGACGACGGCGAGCAGCAGACGGACGACGAGACCAACUCGACGUUCGAGUCGCUCUCGUCGGGCGAGGAGGGCGACUACUUGGAGGACUGCAUGGACGCGGAGAACAGGACCGUGAUCUGUGUGAGUGAGGAGGGGCCCGUGAAGAUACGGGUGGGGUGCUUCGACGACGGCCUGACGCGGAACUCGAGUGACAACAGUGACAGUGGCUUCGCGGAGAUCGGCGCGAGGGGCGGGGCCGCGGACGAGUCGAGCCUCGAGCCGGAGGGCAGCGAGGCCAGCGAUAGCGAGAGCGAGGUCGUCGAGGUGGUCGAGGAAAUUGAGAUCGUGCAAGCGGUGGCGCCGGAUGGUGCGGCGGACGACGACGUGCGCGCGCUGGUGGCCCAGGAGCAGGAUCUGCAAUCCCAGGUGGCCGCCCUGACGGGGCUGGCAGACUCGAGGCGGGCCGACGCCGAUCGGGCGGCGGAGCUCAUCGCGUCCUGCAGGAAGGACCUGGAGACGAAAGACCAGGAGAUAGAACAGUUGAAAUGCGACCUGGCGGCGGCCUACAAGGAGUCGGAGCUGGUGAGGCAGCGGAGCCGCUCGCUGGAGGAGGAGCUGGCGGCGGCCAGGGGCUGCUCAGCGGACCUGGCCGACCAGCUGCAGAGGAGGAACGACGAGUCGGUGAGGCAACUCAAAUCGGAGCUCGAGGAAGCUUUGACGCGACGGGCCGAGCUGGAGUCCAGGCUGCUGGAGCUGGAGAGUGAGAAAGAGAGGAUGGAGCAGGAGAAGGAGCUGCAGGCGCAGAAGGCACAGGAGGCGUUGGCCGCCGCAGAGGCGGGGGCCGCCCGCUGGCGGGCAGCGCACGAGGCGGCCCGCUCGCAGGCGGCCGCGCGCGCCGAGCGCAUCCUCGCCGACUGCGAGUGGAAGAUGCGCGAGCUCGAGCGCCGCGCCAGGGACGCCGAGGUGGCGAGGAGGGAGUUGGCGGAGACGGUGGAACGCCUCCAGAAGUCGCCCACCCAGUCCCACAUCGCUGAGCUGCAGCAGCUACGCGGCCUGGUCGGCGAGCAGCAGAGCAGCGUCCACAGCCUCAGCCUGCAGCUGCAGAAGAUGGAGACCAGGGAGGAGGAGCUCAAGCUUGAGGUGCACCGGCUGAAGGAGCUCCUGGAGAAGGAGGCGACGAACCUGAAGGCGGCUGAGGAGAGGCAUCUGCUGGAGGUGCGCAGCCUUGAGGAGCGGAUAGCGAAAGCGGGCGAGGCGCUGGCGGCGGAGCGGGCGGCGGGCGCGGGAGCGAUAGCGGCGGCGCGGGCGGCGGCGGAGCGGGCAGCCGCCGCGCGCACCAGGGCUGCCGUGGAGCAGAUGCGCGCCGAGCACGAGCAGCGCGCGCGCGCGGCCGACAGGCGGCUCAGGGAGCUGGGGGCCAAGUUCCAGAACCUGAAGGAGGAGCUGGCCGCCAAGGAGGCGCAGUACGAACGGGCCCUCGCGGAGGCCCACAGCAAGGCCGACUGGGACGUCACCCAGCUGCGGCAUUUACUCGACAAGGCGGACAUCGACUACGCGAACAGCGUGGAGCAGCUCACGGAGAAGUUCGAGAAGGAGAAGGAGCGGCUGACGGAGGAGUGGGCGGGGCGGCUGCGCGCCGCGGAGGAGGGCGCGGCCGCGGCGGCGGACGAGGCGCGCCGGGCGCUGGAGACGACGCGCAGCAAGAUGCUCGCCGAGAGAUACGAGCAGAUCUCCAGGCUCAAGGAGCAGCACCGCCUCGAGAUGGAGAGCCAAUGGGAGCAGUUCAUGACGGACAAGGAGAACUGCCUGUCGCGGAUGAAGAGCGAGUGCCGCCAGGAGGGGGAGGAGGAGAGGGUGAAGAGGGAGAAGGAGCUGCUGAAAGAGAUCGCCGAAUUGAAGGCGCAUAUUCAAUCUCAAACUGUGGACUUCGAAGAUCUGCGCGAGAAGGCGGCCGCUUGCGGGCGCACGCUAGCGGUCACUGAGCAGGAACUGAGCUGCGGUUGGUUGGGCGCGCUGGCGGCCGCGACGGGCGCCUGCGCGGCCACCGGAUCGCUCCGUCUCGCUCUAGCGACCCUAUUCCUCUCGCUCGCGCUGCUGGAGGCUCUGGCGCGGGAGAAGGAAGAGCGAGACGGAAGAGAGCAGGACGCCGCCAGGCUGAAGCAAGUGGAGAAGACCUCCAGGGAUCAGAUCGAGCAUCUGACGAGGAAGUGCGCGUGCCUGAGGAAGCUCUUCGACGACAUCCGCGCCCGCCUCGCCGCGUGCGAGCGCUCCGCCGAGCAGGACGCCCGCGCCAAGGACCGCGAGCUGAACUGCCUGCGCGCUGAGGUGGCCCGCCUCACCAAGAUCCUCGUCGAGCAGAGCUCGCCGAAGUUGGGGGCCAGGACUAGAGCUGAUGGUUGCGAAACCUCCUCGAAGGGCGAACAGACCCCCACUAAAGGCGAUGAGCCGCCGGCGCCCCAGCGGAAAGGAGGAGCCGCCACGGAAAGCGCCCGAAGAAGAGCCAAGAGC